CCCCCAUUCUGCUGGGAAAGUGCUUGUUAUUUUUCUCCCCUGGAGUGUGUUGGUGCCUCCUGCAGUUGUAACAAUUUAUGUCGCAGCUUCCUGGAGCGCCCACUCAUCAUUGACACACUUUUAGCGCCACCACAUCAAGUCAGAAAGAGCACAAUCCUGGCUCUUCAUCAGCUCGGGCUGCAAGCAGUCGAAGCACAUCAAUGGGGCGUGUUUUAACGUUGUGUAAGGCUUGCGGAAAAGGGAGGGGAAUUUGUGUAGGCUUGCAUUUCCCAGCAGCAACUUGUACAGGAUUCGGCGAAGUCUUUGACCAAAAGUGAAAAAACCCGCGCUGCUGAUCGGAGGCCGAGGGCAAGGAACGUUUUGAAUAUGUUUUGGGAUGCUUCCUUUGACGAACAGACUCAACAUAUUUUGUUGAAGUUUCUUCAGCAAAAUAAAGUUGAAAAUCGAACCUACCAGCAAGAAAUUCAGAAACUUGAAAGUGAAUUGAGAAAUGGAUCCAGAUUUGAUGAUGAUAUUCAGACGGAUGGACACUGCCCCUCAGGACCUCAGCAUACAGACUUCCGUUCAGAUGUGGGACAAGCAAAUCAAGGUGAUGAUGAAUUAUACAGAAUGGUAGCUGCACAGUUGGUUGAGUUGGGAGAUGAGUUGGAUCAAAGUAUCAUUAAUCGUAACUUGAUUGAACAAUUUAUCCAUGCAAAUGAAGCGAUUCAACUGCAAGAGGAUGGAACCAGAAUUAUGUCCGCCAUGAUUGCCCAUUUGACUACUCAACAAAAUGAUGUUACUCGAGAUAUGCCCCAGGAGAAAGUCUUCCUAUUGCUGGCAAUGAUGCUGUUCAAAAAAACUGUAGUAGAGAAACCGCUAUUGCUUCCACGCAUCUUCAAAACCACUGUCCAGUACAUUAGUAAUACGCUCCAAAAUUAUAUUCAGAAUAUAGGAGGAUGGCAAAAUAUACAGUGAGACUGCAAGCAAGCAAUAGGAAUAUCUUUGGUUAAAAUUGAAUCAAUUUGAUUUAUAUUCCUGUAAAACAAAGUUACAGAGAAGCCAUUUUAAGAGACUUGCUUUAGAAUAUGAAAUAACAAAUCUAAAGGACCCUAACUGAGAACUGAAUGGAUUUGAAAACAGAUAAAAUUGAGGAAUCACUCAAAGUGCAAUGAAUGGUGGUAGUUUGUUUUUGAAUGAAAUCUAAAACAAACAAAGCCUUCAGCUCCAUAUUCCAACAACUUUGUGAUUGUAGUUUCUAAAUUCAUGACAGUAUGAAUUUGAUUACAAAUGCUAUUAGGAUAUUGUUUAUGGCUAGCAUAUCAUUAAAAACUGAAGUGUGAAGUUUGCUAUCUUUUGAAUGAGAAAAUGGAGAGCUGAAUCUGAGAAUUACAACUUGUUUGGCAAUUUGUGUUUACUGUAUUUUAAAAUAAAUUUCUAAUUGAGUUUGAGAACAAAAUAAUCAUGUCCUUAAGCUUUCAUCUCCCAAGUGUUCUUCAACAAAAACAAACCAGCUUGCAAUGUUUUAUUUUUCACUAACCAUAUUCCAGAUUCAUAGCUAAUCUUCCUUACGAAAAUGCAGGUACAGCAAUGUAGACUGGUUUAUCAGAAUAGCUGAACACCAUGCUAAUUUUAAAUGUCAAACUGGGCGCUUGAGGGGAAGAAUAGAGUUGACAGUUUGUGCUGUUGCACAAAGUGCUGCCCAAUCCUGUUAAUACAGUUAUUGAAUUUAACAAGUUAAUCCAGUUUUAUCUUGGCUCAUCCAUACUUGAAGUGACAGGGACUUGAUUUCUGCAAAUAAGAUAAAGUUCGAGCCUUUUUUUUUAAAAAAAAAAAAAGAACUUACCCAGAAGCAUAGGAAACCUACAGCACAUCUCCACCCCAUUUCACCUUGCUUUCUCCAUAGCAAAGACAUGGUCAAUGGAUGUACCUAGCUUCUUCUAGGGAGUAUGAAUAUAGAGAUUGAAGUUAGAAGUCUUGCAUUUGACUAGAUAAUUGCAAGAUUAGAAGUUCCUUGCUGAAAAGAAAUUUUAAGUAAUAAUUUAAAAUAAAGUACCUGUUGAAGCCCAUAAUGCUUGUUUACUCAACAAUUUAGCUUAAGGCCUGCAAUGACCCUUGCUGUUUAAUUCAGGAAUUAUUCAAUAGCAAUAUAACAUACUCAAGAUGCUAGGUAGAAAUAUCUAGAAACAAGCUGUACAGAUAAGUCUGUUGAAUGCUAAUAAGAAAUUUGCUGAUUUACUUUGGCUUUGGAGCUUAAAUGGCAGUCAGUAGUCCAGGUUCACAUUACAGGUCACAUAGGCUCUUUUCACUUCACCUGUUGCAGACAAAUCAGCUUCAGUUACUGCAACUAAUGGAGUAUACACUAAUAUUUCAGUAGUAGCUGUGAAAUUGACUUGUUAAUUCUUGGAAUGCUAGCAUUUAUUGACAUCUCAUUACCGAAGGUGGUGGUGUUGAGGACAAGCUGCCAUUUUGAACUACUAAAGUCAAAAAUAGUUCUAUACACACUGACCUGGGUGAGGAGUUAACCCAGCAACAUUGAAAUACAAGCUAUAAUAAACCUAAUACAGCCACAAAUUUGUGGCAUUUCCAACAAAAUGUACCAUACAAUCGAUGUGAAAUAAAAUCAAAACUAUUUAAUUUGAGUUAUGUGCCAUGGCUACUGUCGAAGUUGAUGGUUUCUUUAGGGAGAAAUGAAGAGAUUAAGAACUGCAGCAAUUUUAGUUAUUUCAAGUCAUAAUGCUCUAAGGUAGAAUAUAAAUUUACUUUUAAAUGACAGUUUUGUAGAAAUAAACGUUACACCCACAAUAGUCCAUAUUUUAUUGUGACUCAUUUUUGAAAUUCAGUACAAAUUUCAAAGCUGGCACUGAAAGACUACUGAGUUGCUUUGAAAAAAAAUAAUCAAUUUAUGUUGUCUCGCUGGGGAGCAUGUGUGUCAUCUUAACAUUAGUACAAAUAAAGGUCACCUGCAGACUUCCAACAUGAAGUCAUGGAACACCACAUCUAUCAUCUCGGCAUUAGUAACAGUACUGAAAAAAUACCUACUUUAAAUUUUACUUUUAACCUUACGCACAUAGACAUGAUCAAAUGAAGUUCUCAUUUUUAUUCAUCAAAAGUGUUCCGUAGUCUAUGGAAAAAUAAACCAAACCAAAUACAAUCAGAGAAGGAGGCAAAGAAAAAUAUACAAGCAGAAGUAGAUCUGAAUGAAUUCAAACUAGUGUCACAAAUCGCUCAAGGCUAACAUUAAAAAUUAUGAAGUAAUGUUACCAGCAGCUAAAGAAUCAAAAUGACAAAGAAUGAAUUAAUUCAUAUUAUAUAUAAAAAAAAGGUCUCAGCUAACCAAGACCUCAAUACUUAGUUCCCCAGAAUGGAACUUGUGGUUUUUCUUGUCAAUGUUCCAGUUUCAAAGUGCUUCUCUCCUCUACAAUGAUUUAACACUUUUCAGUGCUAUUUAGAGAUUUAUUAGCAUCAUUCUAAGAUUGUACUGCAUACAGUGAGAACAUCUUCCGUGCUGCACAAUUUCCAUUCCAUUAUACAAAAUUUAUUUCCUCACUAUAUAGUACCACCCAGUAUUCAUGCAUUUGUGUUGAUUAGCUACCCCUAUUAACCAUGGUUUCCUCAUUGAUCACGUUUUCCGCAAUGCAGCUGAAUAAAUAGGCUUAAUUAGUCAUAAUAAUCAAUUGUAGAACAGAAAGCCUUCCCAAACACAUGGUUCAUAAGUGAACAGCUCACGAUUAAAAUCUUCUUCUCCAGGCUAGCACCACCCCUACUGCCACAGCUAGCAUUGCAAAAGCAGCAGCUCCACCAUAAAUCAAAAGAGAUGCAUUUGAUUUUGCAGGAACAGUUUCUUCACCAUCCUCUGAUGUAGGCAGUGGUGUUAUUUCAACUUUUUCACCCUUUCUUACAUCAUCUUCUGGUUUGGUUUCUAUUUCAUCUUCCCAGAUUCCUUUUUUAAUCUCUUCCAAUUGCUUUCUUAUUUCUUGCAGUGAAGUUGAUGGAUGUGGUUUGCUGGAUUCAACAGCCUGUUCUCUGGCCAGUGUUACAGUUUUUUCCUCUACUUCAGAGGUUGCUAUUGGACUUGAUACUAAUAAAGGAUCAGCUUUCCCUACUUCAGCAGGGAGUUCAACCUCCGCUUGUGCAGUCUGUUGCAAGAGUAGAGGUGCUGAUUUAAUUGCUGCUGCAGAAACUUGAGUUUUUAAUUCUGCCUCCUGACUCUCGACUGCUUCAGGAAGCUCCUCUUUUUCUACAUGGACAAUAUCAGAAUUAGAAGAGUUGUUUUCACUUCUCUCUUCACCACCACCAUUACUGUCCAAGCUUUUCAUGUCCUCUGGGUCUAUGGAUAAUUGUUGCCAAGACUCUGUUCCAAGAGAAACUGGCAAGCUUUCAGUAUGCCAGCUUUGGCUAGUAGACAGUGAAGCUGGCAAGCCAGCUGCCUGCCAAGAACUAGUGACAGUUAGUGGCUCAGGAGGACUUACUUGACCAGAGUUGUCACUUGUUAAGAUGUAAAUAUCAUUGCUGUCAUCUACAGUUUCUCCUUGUUCUUCCUCUUCGGAGUCCAGAUUAAAAACAGUUCCCUAAGAAUAACAAAUGUACACUGAAAUCUAACAUAUUAAACAGUUUGUUGCACAAAUUUCACACUAACAAUCAGAUUGACGUUUUCACAAAGCAAUCUUACGUAAAGAUUAAUCAUCUAUUUGUACCAAGAUAAUACACAUCUUUGCAGGAUAGGCAUAAAUAGACAAAAUUCAUUGUUUGAAAGUGAUGAACGGAAUUAUUAAAAAUUGGCACAAAAUCUUAAUUAGCCAUAGCAGUUUAAUUUGUUAUCAGAAUCCAAAUUAAUUUAGGCUUACCAGAAGUUGAAAGAUAUUAAAGCAAUAAAAGGUAACUGCAACACGGAAAAAUGACUCAAUCUCCAAAUGGAGAAAACACCAUGAAGGUAAUGAUCAUUAAGAUGACAUCUCAGUUUGCACUAUUGCUUUAGUAUAAACAGACUCAAAAUAUGAAAAGGCUGCCAUUUGUAAUAGACUGAAAUGAAAAUUUACUUCAAUUAUGUCAUCAGAUUAGAACGUUUCCUUCAACCUAUUAAACUAGCUAUUUAGCACCAUGUGAAAUUAUUCCUGCAACAUAAAUAAGUUGUGAAAAAGGAACACUAAAAAUGUUGAAAAUGGAAGCAAGGUGUGCUAACACCAUGAAUUUGUUUUACUGUAUAUCAAACCAUGCUGCUCACUAUGUCACCAUAAUAACAUUUGAAAAAGGUAGAAACUGAGGAUCUCUGCAAUUAUUCAUUAAGAUUCUUGUCAAGAGAUCAUUAUGCCAUUUAAAUCAGAAUCAAUUAAUUUAAUAGCUGUGGUUCUUUCAUGGAGGUUUUUUUUUGGCCAUCAUACAAUUGAAAUGCUAGUUAAUUUACCCUGCCUUAUUAGGCCCAAAGACCUUGUGUAACUUCACUGCCAUUGGCCAAAGAUAGUUUUUUGAAUAAAUACCUAAGAGUCUUCUAGCGAGUUUUGAAAAGAUUUGUAGCUAAGAGUCUUCAUUUGGACUUUGCUGAUUUGACAGGUGUGGCUAUUUGUUGGAUAAACUAGUUAUUUUAAAUAAAUGAACAAAAUUGGCUUGGAAAAAGCAAUAUGAAGUUUCGGUUCAACAUUUGAUAAGUUGGUAAUUUUCAGUUUUAGAAAUGGUUUACAAUAUUUUGACCACCCUCCAAUACAAUAAAAUAAUUUGGUACAAUGUACAGCUUAUGGAUAGCACUGUAGGCACAGUUUCCUCAGUCAUAGUGGUUGGUACUGCUGUGUCACAGCACCAGAGUUUAAUUCCAGUCUUGGGGAUUGUCUACAGAGUUCACACAUUCUCCGUAUCAGUAUGGGUUUCCUUUGGGUGCUCCGAUUUCCGCCCAGUCUGAAGAUGUGUGGGUUAAGUGGAUUGACCAUGCUAAAUUGCCCAUAGUAUCUCGGGUGCAAAAUGCAGGGAUAGGAUAGGGAGUGGGUCUGGGUGGCUGGCUCUUUGGAGGGUUGGUGUGGACUCGAUGGGUUGAAUGGCCUGCUUCCACACUGUAGGGAUUCUACGAUUACAUGAUCUUAUGAUUAUAUUUAUCAAUUUAAUAGGAAAAAGUUUAGGAUGUGCACAAAGCAUCACUUUUGCUCUAUCAACAUUUACAAAACAGCAAGAAUCAGGUAGCAUCAAGUCAAAAGGUCACAGAUCUUAAACUUUUUAUCUCUUCACACACAGCCAAGCCUGCUGAGCAUUUCCAAUAAUUUUUAAUAUUAUUUCUAUCCACAAAACUUGGCUUGUGUGUACUUGGAGAGAGUCAACUUUACUCAGAAUAUUCAGGUAUUUUACAGCAAAUGCUUUGCUUCAGUGACUGAUUGUGGAAAACUUGAUUUAAAAAAAGGAAUAUCCACAGGGAAUGAAACCAGGAUCAAAUCAUAAAUGCUACAAAAAUCUGCAGAAAGAGAUGGGUCAAAUAGACUCAAAGCUGUGUUAAGAGGCUAUCUAGUUGUUUUUAUGGGUAAAGACAGGCUGAUGUACCUAACUUAAAAAUAUUCUAAUGCACAUGCUUUAAAGUUUUAGUUAGAGCACAAUCUCAUCUCACAUGCCAAACUGCUCAAGUGUGUCAGUUUAGCAUGGCAAUCGGGAAGUCCAAAGAGUACAGUAACUCUGCUGGUAUUCAAUCGGAAAAAGGUGUGCAACAUUUACAAGGUUGGGAACUAAAAAUCAUCUUCCAGGGUAAUGUUAGUGACUUCUACUUCUUUAGAGGAUCAUCGUUCUGUUUUUUUUUAAAAAAGAAAGGAAAACCCAAAAGAGGCAAUUUACCGACAAACAAUCGUCAUAAAAUCUCCACUUUCAGCUUUAUAUACAGCUUUGGCUUUUCUCCCCUCACUCUACCCCAGCCAACAGAAUUGAAACUGCAGUGUCCCUAUAAACAGGGAGGUUAAAACAGCCAUAAAGUGAUUUAUUAUGACAUUUCUAGAUUGAACAAUACUGACAUGAAAAACACGUCAACUUGAUUUUGCAAGGACUAAUUAAAUUAAUUAUUAAAGUUGUUAAAAGCAUGUGGAGCAUGUGCAGAAACAUUCAACCUCAGGUAAACAUUUCCAUUGUAAUCUGUGACAGGACAGUUUCACGGGUGACUGAACUUCAAUUUCUCUAAUAGGAUUAUUCUUUGCAUUUGAUUCCAUUGUGUGAAGUUCUGUAACAUUUGGUCAGAGGAUAAUUACAAAGUGUACAGGCUAGACCAGAAACAAAAAUUACAUGUGACAAUCCUAUUCUGAACAAGGUCCCUAGAGUUACAGCUUACAUUAUUUUGUACAAUUAAAAACAAUUACUGCAAAGGUAUCAGGAUGAAUUUUGAAAAACAAUGCUUCUCAAAGUAUUUUUUCCCCUCUAUGACUCUGCUUGAACACUUCAAGUGACGUGAUACCUUGGUGCCAACACAAACAGCAAUAAAACAGUAUAAUGCAAAUAGUAUAUACUGAAUAAUACUUUAUGUUCAAUAUAAUAGAUUAUUUGAAGAGAAAUUUUUCCAUAAUUUUGUUCAAACAAAAUAUUGUAAUCAUCAGUUGAUUACCCUACCAGAGUUGCUCCAGCUCAUAGACCUUGGCCAGGAAACAUCAGACGCACAGGUUGAGGGUCUUGAAGUGGCUGACAUUAGAGCUCAGAUUCUGCAGCCGUGAGCUUGGACGGGACACAGCUCAGCAUCUGAGGCAUCAUGUCCAAAUUCAAGGUUAGGUCCAGAUUUUGGAAAGUAAAUGGGAGUGCUUCUGAGCAGGCAAAGAGCAUAAGUGACAGUUACUGAUCUAAGAGUUAGUCUUCCUCAGGGACCGCAGCCUAUAGCAAUGCAGAAACCCGAGGAUCAGUAGGUCCUGCCCUUCUCAUUUUCUCUUUCCAGGUGAUGAGCUCCUGCAUAUGGCCACUUCAAAAGUUAUCAGUAACUGGGAAUGUCGAGAGCUUUUCUGAAAGCUCAGUGAUCAGUAACUGUUGUAUAUAAUGUUCUUUACUGUUCAUAACUACCUCACAUUUCUUGAAUUUUGGCCCACACAUCAGUGGCAACUCUCUAGCCAUGGCAUUGUAGAACAACCUGGAGUCAACAUGAGCCACCUCAAGAUCAAAUAGUGCAGUCACCCAUCCAUUCAAUUACAAAAUAUUUUAAAAGCAGGUUUUCAUAUAUGCAUUGAUCUAUUAUAUGCAAACUUUAACACAUGUACUGUUAUUACACUGAUUUGUUACUGAUGUGUGUUCGCAAAAGUUGUAUUAAUUUUCAAAGUACUAAAAUGGAAUUAUUAAACAGUG